AUGGCGCUCUCUAGCGCCCUCUUAUUCCUAAGCUACUUCUUACCAGCAGACGCCUCCAUCGCAUCGCGACAUGCAGCAAAGCACAAGCAGGCCAUCACAAAGCGACAGGAACGCCAGCAGCCAUCGCGAGAUAGCACAGACAAUUACCUCAACAACAAGACACAGCCCUAUUGGGUGAAUGGUUCAGCUUUGCCAGAGGUUGCCUUUAACAUUGGAGAGAGUUAUUCGGGAUUACUUCCUGUUGAUGAGACCAAGGAGUUCUUCUUUUGGUUUGUUCCAUCGACUAAUCCAGCUGCGUCGAAUGAAAUCACACUCUGGUUGAAUGGAGGGCCUGGAUGCUCUUCUCUCGAUGGAUUCUUCCACGAAAACGGCCCGGUUAUCUGGCAAGCGGGGACGUAUCGUCCUGUGCCCAACACCUGGUCUUGGUCGAACCUCACCAACAUGGUCUUUGUCGAGCAACCUGUUGGCACGGGCUUCUCUCAAGGUACUCCGAAUGCCACCAACGAGAAGGACGUCGCCGACCAAUUCCUACCCUUCUGGAAGAAUUUCAUGGACCUUUUCGAUCUGCACAAUCGAAAGGUUUACAUCACCGGCGAGUCUUACGCCGGCCAGUACUGUCCAUAUAUCGCUGCAGCAAUGAUUGAAAAGAACGACACUACCUACUUCGAUGUCGACGGACUAAUGGUCUACGAUCCGAGCAUCCAACCUCAUGUCUCUAUUGAAUCAUCAGCGUUGGCAUUCGUAGAGUCUCACAAGAUUGACUUUCCCUUCAACGACACUUUCAAUGCCUUCAUCCAAAACCGCAGCGAAGCAUGUGGUUACAACGCCUACCUCGAAAACGGACUUCAAUUCCCACCAAAGGGCCCCUUCAACAAUCCUCCAGGUGUCAACUAUACCGACAAUUACGCUACUGAAGAUUGUCAGGUGUUCGAUCCCAUCCUCGACGCCAUCAAUCUGAUUAACCCCUGCUUUGACAUUUAUCAAGUUGGACAAAUGUGUCCCCUACUGUGGGACUCUUUGGGCUUCCCUUCAACGUUCUACCUACCCAUCGGCUUUGACCAGCCAUACUUCAACCGCACAGAUGUGAAGAAAGCAAUCCAUGCGCCAGAAAAUACCGACUGGAAGAUUUGCGCCGACAACCCCGUUUUCAUUGGGGACGAUGGUGACACAUCUCCAGAAUCCGGAUUGACCGGCGGUCCCCUCCAAAAGGUGAUUGAGAAGACAAACAACGUCAUUGUCGGCCACGGUGAUCUCGACAUGGUUCUCAUCGCCAACGGAACAUUACUGACGCUCAACAACCUCACUUUCAACGGCAUGCAAGGUUUCAGCCAGCCACCCACCGAGCCCUUUUAUGUUCCUUACCACGAUGACCCAGUGGAGGGAAGCAUCGCAGGCGCUGGAGUUUACGGUGGAUACGUCACAGAGCGAGGGUUGACGUUUGUGGUCAUCAUGUUCUCGGGACAUGAAGUGCCAGAGUACCAGCCCAGUGCGGGAUAUCGGCAUUUGGAGUUUUUGCUGAGAAGGAUUGGGAGUUUGAAGGAGGUUAGUCCCUUCACUACGCAGCCACAUGUGGUGCAGCCGAAUGUGACUUUGGGACGUGGGACUUGGUGGAAGUAA